CUGUGUGGAUGGGCAGCUGGAUGUAUUGAAACCUGUAUUUUGUUCCCAUCGAACAAAGUUAUAUUUCGCCAACAAUUGCAUGGUUUCUCAGCCAAGGUAGCAUGGUCUCAGGUAAUCUACUCAAAUCUCUCUUUUGCAUUAUUUAGAUCAAAGGUGAAAUCGGAGGGGAUACGUAGGCUCUACCGAGGUCUAUUACCUCCACUCAUUAUGCGUACCUCGUCCCGUGCUGUAAUGUUUGGCUUAUAUGAUAAAUUCCAAGCUUCGCUCAGAUGUCCCCACUCCCCACCAAAUACCUCCUUUACACUUUGUCAUGCUCAGGCGGCUUUUCUAGGCAAGUGUUCUGGUAUAUGUGAAGCCUCGCUUUGCCCUUUGGAGCGGGUUCAAGUGUUACUGCAAACCUCUGCUUUCCAUGAUCGCUUCAAGAAUACCGCUGAAACAUUUUGGGCAUUACGAGCUUUUGGCUACCGAGAGUAUUAUCGAGGAAUCUCUAUGGUGAUGAUAAGAAACAGCCUGUCAAAUGCCCUUUUCUUUACACUCAGGGAGCCGUUCAAAAAAGCAGUGAGUGCUCAGAUUGUUUUGCCACUGAACUUCAAAACCUACCGUUCCUCUUUUAUUUCUUCGCGACUCUUGUUUUGACU